AUGACUGACUACCCUCCCCCGUACGGCCCCGCUGUCUCCUCAGGCCCCGCCUACCCCCCAGUUCUUGGCCCUCAGCCAUCAGCGUUCCCUGGCUCCUCCUACCAGACGUUCCCUCAGAACUACGCAGGAGGAGGAGACCGCUCCCUCUACCCCCCAGGGCCUCCUCCGGGGCCCCAAGGGGCCUACAUGAACCAGCCAGGGUACUCUGGCUAUCAGACCGGACCCCCGGGGCCCUAUGGGGAGCAGACCAGACCGAGUACCACAGUGGUCGUGGUUGAACAGCAGCGACCACAACAAGAUGACGGCGGCGCUGAGGAGGGCUUCCUGGCGGCGUGUUACGCUACUCUGUGCUGCUGCUUACUCAUGGACAUGAUGGACGAUAACCACUCCCACUGCUCCGACUGA